AUGUACAAUUUACGGAAACAAAUUUUACCAGAUGAAAAUUUUCAUCAACUUCAUUCUAUAUCACCCACGGUGCCAAUUAAAUUAGUUGUUCGUGUUAAAGGACGUAUUAAUUCUGAACAAUGUCAUUAUAAAAUUACACCGGUGCAUAUUGAAAUUUAUCUUAUUAAAGAUAGUGAACAUCAAACAAAAUGGUAUCAACUUGAACCAAAUGAAUAUUCCGAUAUCAAUAAUUCACAUGCAACAUCAUCAGCAGUAUUGGGUCAUCCACGAUCAGAAACAGAUGAAGGUGGAUAUAAUAGAAUAACCCGAGACCAUGAAACUUUUGUAAGAAGUGCAGGUCAUGAAACUUUUGUAAAAACUGCAGGUCAUCAAACUUUUCUAAGAACUGCAGGUCAUGGAACCUUUGCAAGAACUGCAGAUCAGGAAAUUUUCGCAAGAACUGCAGGUCAACAAACAAUUCUAAGAGAUAAAGUUACUGGUAAACUACCAGCCUUAACGAUGGAUCGAAUGUCAGAUAAUUUUCCUACUGGAUCAUCAUUUUAUCAUAAAGAUAUAACACAAUCACCAAGUGUAACAUCAUCCAUCGGUUAUACUGGAAUAUAUAAUCCGGCAAAUUCAUGUUUUAUGAACGCUGCUCUACAGUGUUUAUCAAAUACACGUGAAUUACGAGAUUAUUUCUUAAAAUCAUAUUAUUGUGUUGAACUAAAUCGAACAAAUCCACUUGGUAUGAAAGGUAUAAUGGCAGAAGAAUUUGCUACUGUUAUAAAAAAUCUUUGGAGUGGAACAUAUAAUCAUAUCAAUGCAAAUCGAUUGAGAGAUUAUGUAGCUAAAAGACAUCAAGAAUUUGUUGGUAAUGGACAACAUGAUGCACAAGAAUUAUUAACAAUUUUAUUAGAUGCUAUUCAUGAGGAUCUUAAUCGAGUUCAGAAUAAACCUCAAGUACCACCUAUUGAAGAUGAAAAUCGUCCUGAUUAUGUUCUUGCUGAUGAAUAUUGGCGUGGUUAUUUAUCUCGCAAUGAUUCAUUAAUUGUAGAAUUAUUUACUGGACAAUUUAAAUCGAAAACAAAAUGCCCACAAUGUCUUAAAGAAUCUGUUACAUUUGAUCCAUUUACAUCACUUUCUGUACCGUUACCAAAACGUAUAGCUGUUGAUACAAUUGUAACAUUCCGAAACGAUGAAAAAUCAUCAACUAAGUAUCGUAUUAUUAUGUCAGCAGACGGAUCAAUUACAGAAUUUAAACGUCUUUUAUCUGAUAAAUGUGGUUUAUCAACUGCUAAAAUGUUAGCAUAUAAACUUCAAGGAAAUCGUAAUAUAGAAUAUCUUAAAGAUGACGAUCGAAUUACAAGUAGUACUUGUUCAUGGAAUACUUUUGAUAUUAUUUAUAUAGCUGAAAUAUUAACAAGUGCUGACUGUGAUAAUGAAACAAUUCAUACAUUAACUUUUUUUCAACGUAUUUUUAAAAUACCUGAUUAUAUAUCAUCAUGUGCUUAUUGCCAAGCAUUACCAAAUCCACAUAGUACACCAAAGUUUUGUAAAAACUGUUAUCAAGUAUCAUACUGUGACGAACAAUGCUUAGAUUUUCAUAAAUCUGAUCAUCGAAAUAUGUGUGAAUAUCGUUCAAAAGAUAAUUCUGAAAAUAUUGGUAAUCCAUUUAUUAUUUCAUUGCCAGAAUCAAAAUUAACAUAUGAAAAUGUAUUUGAACAAAUUAAUAUUCACGCUAAGCGAUAUGUAGAUAUUCAUAUAGAUCGUUCAAAACGAACUCAACAAUCAUUUGGAUAUAAUCGAGGUUUUGAUGGUUAUGAUAGAGUUACCGAUGAUGAUGAUGAGGAAGACAGCUUUAGUGAUAUUGAAAAUGUUGAUUGGAUAACGAUAAAAAAGACACUUUCAUCAUCUGAUUCUUGGUCAAUAUGUCGUAUUGGGGAUUAUUUAGUAAAAACAAAUAAAAAUAAACGACGUCAUAAUCAAGAAAAAGAUCGAAAAGAUAAAAUACUCAAAAAUAUAUCUACAAAUGAAAAUAAUGAUGAAGAACCAAUGAUUGUCAAUGGUGAUAGUGAGAGUAUUGGUAGUAGUGAAGAUUUUGAUAUGUUAGAUGAUAUAUAUGGUAGUCAACCAUUAUUUCGAAUUAUGCCUCGACCAAUUAAUAAUCAAAAUAAUAACGUAGAACCAAUUGUUGAACCUGGUGAUGAUGCUAAUAAUGUUUUACGUGGUCAUACAACAUUUUCGAUUGAUUGGUAUACUGAUAAUAAAAUCGAUGCACCAUUACGUGUUAUACCAUCAAUACAUCGUAUGGGAAUUAAUGAUCUUAUUGAAGAUGCUAGUGUUUUUAAUUCUCUUAGCGGAGAUCAAGAGAUUACACUUCAACAAUGUUUACAAUUAUUUAUUGAACCAGAAGUAUUAGGUGCUGAUGAUAAAUGGUAUUGUCCACAUUGUAAAGAACAUAUUCAAGCUGAAAAGAAAAUGUCUGUUUGGCGUUUACCACCAAUACUUAUUAUACAUCUUAAACGAUUCAAAUAUAAUCAUUGUUCAUCAUCACUUGGUGGUUAUAUAUCUAGUUCACGAGAAAAACUUGAUACAACUGUUAAAUAUCCAGUUCAUAACCUUAAUAUGGGCCCAUAUUGUUCAUCAAUACCAGAAGAAAAUCCUGAAUCUAAUGAUUUAUCACAAUCUCGUUAUGAUCUUUAUGGAAUUGUUAAUCAUCGUGGUAGUGCAUGGUUUGGACAUUAUACAUCCUACGCAAGACUUUUAGCGAAUAAUGAUUCAGCAAAAACAGAGAUUGGUUGGCGUAAUUUUGAUGAUGAACGUGUUUCAUCACUUACAAAUGUUAAAGAUCUCGUACGAUCUGAUGCUUAUGUUCUUUUUUAUCGUCAUCGUAGCUUAUCCGUUGAUUUUACUGUACAAGAAGAAAUCCAACGUGUCUUAGCAGAAUCAUCAAAUAUGUAUGAAUGA